AUGACAUCUGCGUCGCCGCCGCCCGGCACUCGUGAUUCUGAAGGGCAGAUCCAGUCACGACUGCGCCAACUGGCACCGGCGCCCAAGAGGCGAGAUGCUGCUAGCCCCCCUGAGAGCUCGUCGUCCAGCGUCGCUGGCCAGGUAUCCAUCGCUUGCGAAGCGUGUCGUAAACGCAAGGCCAAGUGCGAUGGAGGGCUGCCCAGUUGCUAUUUCUGCCAGAAGCGAAGACUCGCCUGCGUCUAUCGCGAGGCGCCCAAGGUGCAACUCAAGAAGAUGCUGACCGAGCUGCAGAGAUCCUCUGCCGCCCUGGACAUUGUUCGCGCCAUGCAGUCGCGGAAUGACGGGGAUGCCAUGGAGAUAUUCAGGCGGAUCCGCGAAGGCGUAGACCCUGAUACCAUUCUUCGCCAGCUACGUGCCGGGGACUUGCUCCUACAGCUCCAUGUUGUCCCCGAGACUCGGUUGCGCUACGAAUUUCCCCAUCUCACCCAGCUGCCCGACCAUCUGCAGAGUUUUGACAACCCAUACCUCAAGUCACAGCUUUUCGAAUGGACGUGGACCGACUCUGCCCCAGGCACCGUGGCAACAUCAUCACAAAGCAGCUCGGACGACCGCAACAGCAGCCAGGUUCAGUAUCUAAUACCAUACAGAGCGGCGACCUUGAUUGAGCCCACCAUCGACCAGCUUCAUCUUUCACAAUGGACUACCGUGUCCAAGGACGAUUCCCUCUUGAGAGACAUCCUUAGAGCUUACUUCCUGUUUGAAUAUCCAUACUUUUCUAUUUUCCACAAGGACGUCUUUCUGGACGACAUGUUGUCCGGACAGGGACCGAGCUGCUCUCCUUUGCUGGUGAACGCCGUUCUCGCAUCAGGUUGCCACUGUCUUGAGUCGAUUCCGGACCGGUCGGAAAGCUGGAACCCACGGAACCUUACCUCCAGGUUUACCAAGGAAGCCAAGAGGCUGUGGGAACAAGAUGUCUCAGAAGAAACCCUACUGACAAAGUUGCAAGCAUCUGUGUUGAUUCAUGCGCUGCAUAUCUCUUCCGGCCUCGACAAAAUUGGCAGCGAGUACCUUCUCCAGGCUGUUACAAUUGCCUUUCAUCUUGAACUAUUUGAGUCUCCUGAUUGUGUGCCGGAUCUCAAACUACAGCACGCUCGCGAUUUUACAGCAUGGUGUUUCUUUUGGUGGCAGAGUGUGGUGUGUUACGCGUACAGACAGUUCCCACUUUUCAGAAACCCUCCAAAAUCGCUUCUGCCAGAUCCGUUUGAAAAACCAGCUUGGUACGGCGAGAUACUGGUCAGGUAUCCGCUAAGCCCACUUCUCGUGCCGCUGCAAAACCCACAAACGCAAAAGGCUCGAUUGCAACUCGGCAUCCUAAUCAACCGGGCAUGCCUCAAACUCUUCCCAGAUGAUUCAGAAGGCAACACUCCACCCUACAACCGCCGGGCCGUGGUGCUGGAUCUGAUUACUGGCUUUGAAUCAUGGCACUCUGCGCUCCCAGAAGCUCUUGGUCCGCAAAACAUUGUAUUUCCAUCGCAAUUUAGAGUCCAUCUACAUUAUUUCAAUAUUCUCUCAGAACUGUACCUAGUUCUGUCCGCCGAAGCGGAAGCGGACCACACUCCUCCCCAGGGCCGGCGUCCUAAGCCAAUAGGACUGACAUAUGCAGAAGCAUGCUAUGAAACCCUUCUACGGCUUUACUUUUUACGGCACAGCUUCGCAAUUCCAGACAUCAUGUUGGCGCAGUUUCUGACUAUAUUCGCAAUGACUGCAGUCCAUCAUCUAGACGCAAUUCGGAACGCGAACGCGGCAGAUGAUUCUCACUCUAACGACACGUCUUCAGCGAUGCCACCAGCUCGGGAUCUCAAUUCGCUUAGGUCCGCAAUCGCCCUGGCUGGAAAGGGUCUUAGUGACCAGGGUCGAAGCUAUUAUCUUGCCCAGACAAUGUCUUAUAUUCUUAUAAGCCGUUUGCAGCCGGAGGAUGCAAGCCUUGUGCGCACAUCUGCGGGAGUGAAGCAGGAAGAUGACCUGUCACGCCAAAUGAGGGCUCUUUACAUACAGAGCCAGUAUCCUAUUGAAACGACGCAUAUCAUGUCUUUUAGAGGUAGAAAGUGCAUGGAUAAACUGGUAAAGGAGUAUGCGGAGGUGACUAUUGAUGAAGGCGAUUCGGCGGAGGCGCCUGACCCGAAUCCAGGAGAUGGCGAUUCUCCUAUUAAAUCGGAAUAA